AUGGCAGACCAGCCGGGGAAGCCUAGUCCUGGACAACGCCCAAGCAAAAGCGUCAGCGGGGCUUUCUUCCCAUGGCAGGAUUUUUCCGUUACGCGGGGACUGACGUCGACCGUAUCACUAUUAUGCCAGUUCAUGGUCGGUUUCAUUGUCAGCUUAAAGGUUGCGCUGCUUGCGAGCGGCCCGGCCCAAGAUGGUGGACCCGGCUGGACUCUGACAAUCCGAGUAUGGCCGGCGUUUUUUCUGAUCAUUGGCCAUAUCGUUAUGACCGCCUAUGUGCUCUGGGUCGCGUACCUGAACGCCGGAAAGUCCACCGGCCUCAGAUGGGAUCCCAUUACGAUCGCUGACUACUGCGCUCUGUUUGCCGCUUGUAAUGUUGCAGGAUACUUCUCGGCACUUGAGUUACUCCAUAACCGCAGUGCCAAACACGUGUUAUCGACGAAUCAUCUGUUUCGACUGGGCUACUGGAAGAGAGAAACGCCCGGAUCGGCCGAGAGUAUAGUGUAUGGCAUCGGCACAACUUACAGCGCCGCAGAGCGUGCGUUGGAUAUUUAUAAGCCCAGCUUGUACGAACAGAUGAUGGGAUAUAACAAGGCUCCCAGCCCAGUCGACGACUGUGGGAACUACCGAAACACCAAUUUACCUGCACCAUGCAGUCAGGGUUCGUGGCCAAGCUGUGAACACUAUCCCUACCGCCACAGUCCUGGUUGCGGAAAGGGUUGGAUUGUGUUUGCAUGGCUCUUGGUCGUGGCGGCUCUUGGUCUCGCGAUUUUUGGUCUUAUCAAUGGCGUCGUGUUCCAGGGAUUCCCUCUGCCCAAGGACUGGAGCCUUCCCUCGAACAUGUCAGUCAGUGCCGGGCACCACACGAUCAAGCUGCCACCCAUCGACCCCACGGACCCGGAGUCGCAGCUUGUUGCGUAUGCCUUGGUCUUCCGCUCAGCGCCAGUGUACGUGGCGGGGCUGUUCACUGGUACCAUCGUCGAAUGGGUCGAUUUGAACAUGCGCUUCAUGCAACCAUUCAUCAACAUGUUUGGUCAAGCCGGCAAUGCCGCCGACACUGUCUUACUGGCAUACAUCACCACGUCGCCGCUUCAAGUCCCCAUAACAGCGAUCGACAAAGGUCAUUAUCGGGUCGCCGCAUUCUCGACCCUGAAUACUCUUUCACCGCUCUUCCCGAUCUUUAUCGGUGGCCUCUUGACGUUGACCGACGAACGUGAGACCAACACGGUGAUGUUCAACUUUUCGCUGUCGGCAUAUAUUGGCAUCAUGGUCUUCCUGUCUGCUUGGUUCAUUGCGAUGCCUUUCGCGUAUCCCGUCCAGAAGCGACUCCUUCCGCGUCAAUUCUACAGCAUGGCUGAUUUGAUGGCCAUGUGCCACAAGUCUACCUUCCUCCAACGGCGCUAUCUCGACUUUGCAGACCAAAGGCGCACGCCCUCCAAGGACGUCAUGGAGGCUCGCAUCCUCCUUUCAGGCGACAGGUUCAUGUUUGGUCACUACACGGACGAUGAGGACAAGAAACAUAUCGGCUUCGACAUACACAGCACCAUCAAUUUCGACACGGGCCGCAUCGAAGACACCCGCCUUGUCGAGGCUGUCACGCCCGAAGGGAAGAUGAAGGUGAUCAGAAGUCAAGCGGCCCGUAGAGUGACGACGUGGUUUGGUGACGCCUCUGGAAGCCAAACAAGCAGCAAGGGUUUCAUCGCUUGGCUCCGUCGGAUGCGCAAACAACGCAAAGCCCAGGCGGAAACCGAGAUGAGGGCCAUGCGACCGGUGGCUAGUUCGACGGGAUCCCGCCUAGAAGAGCAACGGGACGUUCGGCAGCGGGCGCCAGUCGCUCUGGCCUCGCUCGGUGGGACGGCUACUUGA